AUGCAAAGUCAAGACGGGACUCCGUACGCUGCCCGCGCUGCUCCUGGGGCGGCGCCCAACAACUCGUUCUUUCCGUUGGGAUAUCGUGAAGGGUUUAGUCAAUGGUGGGCUCGAUUACCUGCCGCUGCUGCUGAGCACAAGGUUCUAUCCUACCUGCCAUAUCUCCAUCACGAGGCCCCAACCCACCUCCAGACCGGUAAUACCCCGAGUUUCCCCAACGGUUCUACACCGGACAGCCUGCAGUCGGCAGACCACAACCAGCAAGGGCAAAUCUCUACCAACUCCCUCAAUGACCCUUAUGGGCCUCGUCGAUGGAGCUCGAGUAUGGUGGAGCUGUCCGGGAAAGACCGGGCGCUCAACGAAUUCUCAGUGGAGCGAGUGGGCGAGGAGGCCGACCAGCAUUUGGUGAUGCUUCACGGCUACGGUGCCGGUCUAGGCUUCUUUUAUAAGAACUUUGAGCCGCUGAGCCGAUUGAGAGGCUGGCAGCUACAUGCCUUGGAUAUGCUGGGCAUGGGCCGUAGCACACGGCCGCCAUUCAAGAUCAAAGCCAAAGAAAGAGAAGAGGCUAUCCGUGAAGCCGAGGCAUGGUUUGUUGAUGCGCUGGAGGAAUGGCGCAUCAAGCGCAAGAUUGAUCGAUUUACCUUGCUGGGCCACAGUCUCGGGGGCUACAUGGCAGUCGCUUACGCUUUGAAGUACCCCGGCCACCUCAAUAAGCUUAUCCUAGCAUCCCCUGUGGGUAUCCCCGAGGACCCAUAUGCGAUGACGGCGGAUGUACCCGAGCCAUCGGAAUCCACACUCGUCAACGAGCUCACACAGGACCAGCGGGAUAUUGCCUCGUCUGCUGCAGUCCCGGGAUCUUCCCCAAAAACAACCGAUGGUAGCUUCAUCACCGGUCGCAAAGCUGAACCGGGUGAUAAAGCCGUAGCCCAGCCCCCACGCCGCAAUAUGCCCAAGUGGUUCGCAUAUUUGUGGGACGCAAAUAUCUCUCCUUUCAGCUUGGUACGAUGGACUGGUCCGCUUGGUCCGCGGAUCGUGUCUGGCUGGACCUCUCGCCGGUUCUCCCAUCUUCCGGCUGAUGAGGCAAAGGCGCUUCACGACUACUCGUACUCGAUCUUCAGUCAACGCGGUAGUGGCGAAUAUGCCCUAGCAUACAUUCUUGCCCCUGGAGCUUUUGCUCGCAGCCCACUCAUCCGCCGCAUCCACGGCGUUGGCCGGCAGAUGAUUGGCGCUGACAACAGCCCGCUACCCAACCCUGCCACGACCUCUUCCACGUGCUCUAUCUUCCCCAAAUCGUCCGCCAAGUCCGCACUCCCUGAAACUUCCCCGGCGGAAGACUCCAAUGCAGCUCCAGCUGAAGUAUCAGCCCCUCGUCGCGAAAACGGCCUUCCGAUUGUCUUCAUGUAUGGAGACCAUGAUUGGAUGGAUGUCUCUGGCGGCCAUGCUGCUGCUGCUCGCCUAGAAGAAGAGAAGCGGCGAGUCCUAGCAGACGCUACGCUAGAAGAACGACAAAAUGAUCAGGGCUCAUCCAAGGUCGUCGUCAUCAGUCGAGCUGGGCACCAUCUCUACCUUGACGGAUGGAAAGACUUCAACAAAGCUGUUCUGGCUGAGAUGGAAGAAGUCAGUCGGCGGGAGAGAGCGGCGUGA